AUGGCAUUCAGAGCCCGGGGCUGGAGGCCUCCGCCGCCGCCGCUCCUGCUGCUCCUGCUCUGGGUGACCGGGCAGGCGGCGCCCGUGGCGGGCCUGGGCCUCGACACGGAGCUGCAGAUCGAGCGGCGCUUCGUGCCGGACGAGUGCCCGCGCACCGUGCGCAGUGGCGACUUCGUGCGCUACCACUACGUGGGGACAUUCCCCGACGGCCAGAAGUUCGACUCCAGCUAUGACAGAGACUCUACUUUCAACGUGUUUGUGGGAAAAGGACAACUGAUUGCAGGGAUGGACCAAGCUCUGGUUGGGAUGUGUGUAAAUGAGAGGCGCUUUGUGAAGAUCCCCCCAAAGCUUGCCUACGGAAGUGAAGGAGUUUCUGGUGUGAUCCCCCCAGAUUCAGUUCUUCAUUUUGAUGUACUUCUAAUGGAUAUUUGGAAUUCUGAAGAUCAAGUUCAGAUUCACACUUACUUCACACCCCCCAGUUGCCCUCGGACCAUCCAGGUGUCUGAUUUUGUAAGGUACCACUACAAUGGAACGUUCUUGGAUGGGACACUGUUUGAUUCAAGUCAUAAUCGCAUGAAAACAUAUGACACAUAUGUGGGCAUUGGCUGGUUGAUUCCUGGAAUGGAUAAAGGGCUGUUGGGGAUGUGUGUGGGGGAAAAGCGCAUCAUCACCAUACCUCCUUUCCUGGCCUAUGGAGAAGAUGGAGAUGGGAAAGACAUUCCUGGACAGGCAUCUCUGGUGUUUGACGUUGCGUUGUUGGACCUCCAUAACCCCAAGGAUGGCAUUUCCAUUGAAAACAAGGUAGUGCCUGAAAACUGUGAGCGGCGAAGUCAAAGUGGGGACUUUCUCAGGUAUCAUUACAAUGGCACGCUUCUGGAUGGCACCUUCUUUGAUUCCAGCUACUCGCGGAACCGCACUUUUGACACAUACAUUGGGCAGGGCUACGUGAUUGCUGGCAUGGAUGAAGGUUUACUUGGUGUUUGCAUCGGAGAGAAGCGGAGGAUUGUGGUUCCCCCUCACCUCGGCUAUGGAGAGGAAGGAAGAGGGAAUAUCCCUGGCUCGGCUGUGCUGGUGUUUGACAUCCAUGUGAUUGACUUCCACAACCCUUCAGACUCCAUCAGCAUCACCUCCCACUACAAGCCCCCGGACUGCUCAGUGCUGAGUAAGAAGGGGGAUUACCUCAAGUAUCACUACAAUGCCUCCCUUCUGGAUGGGACUCUGCUGGAUUCCACGUGGAAUUUAGGCAAAACAUAUAAUAUUGUUUUGGGAUCUGGACAAGUUGUGUUGGGAAUGGAUAUGGGUCUCCGAGAGAUGUGUGUUGGAGAGAAACGGACAGUGAUCAUCCCACCCCACCUGGGCUAUGGGGAGGCUGGCGUGGAUGGAGAAGUACCUGGCAGUGCCGUCUUGGUGUUUGACAUUGAGCUGCUGGAGCUCGUGGCGGGUCUGCCUGAGGGGUACAUGUUCAUAUGGAAUGGCGAGGUGUCACCCAACCUGUUCGAAGAAAUCGACAAGGAUGGUGAUGGAGAAGUCCUCCUCGAAGAGUUCUCAGAAUACAUUCAUGCCCAGGUGGCAUCUGGCAAAGGGAAACUCGCUCCUGGUUUUGAUGCUGAGAUGAUUGUGAAGAAUAUGUUCACCAACCAGGACCGGAAUGGAGAUGGGAAGGUCACGGCAGAGGAAUUCAAACUCAAAGACCAGGAGGCUAAACAUGAUGAACUCUAA